CAACGCUAGUCGCGGCCGCAGCCAUUGUUCAUCUUGGCCGGCGGCGGGAAGAACUCUUCUCCCUCGUCCGUCUUUACACCCCCGUCUGCUCCCUUUCCCCUGUAUUACCGCGCCAGCUUCCACCGCCGCUCCUCCACUGAAACCACCCAGCACCGCCUCCCCUUGCGACGGCGCUCGGCCGCUGUCCUCUCCAUCCCCUUCCCCGUCACCGUUCUCCACUAGACGCGGCAGGUCCGGCUCGUAGCGGCCCAAAUCCGCCCACCGGAGUACCGAUCUGUCUGCCUCUGCCUCUGCCUGGCGGACAUUGGAAGGCUAGCCGCUGUGUCCUCGUCGUCUCUUCGGCGGGCGCCAGGUACUCGUCAGGAAGGUCGCGUCCAGAAAGCACGCCCGGAGCGGACUCUUCUUCUGUAGUAGCGCGCUGCACUAGAUCCACGACUGUAUUCGCUAUCCAGCAUUCGCCAUGGAAACUGCCAGCAAGAACAUCACCAAUGUUGUGCGCUUGGAGAAGCUGCUCAAGAUCGACGGCUACUGCGCCACCAAAACCAUGGGCCACGGGGAUUGCGUCAGGUCCAGUGUCAGCAUUGGUGGGUAUGAUUGGGAGAUCUGUAUCUACCCUGCCAUGUUACCGCGUGCACCCGAUGGCACUCCGUGGGUAGCAGUGAAGCUUGCGUUCCUGAGUGAGACCUGCCCGUCCAUCCUGAGGGCGAAUCUGGCCUGCCGCUUGGUUGAUCCGAGAGGCGAGCUUCGACCGUCCGAUGCAAAGAGCGUCUCAUGUAUAUUCAACCGUUCCUGGAUACGCCGCUGUCUCGAGAUGUGCUCGCCUUUCGUCAAUGAAGAUUGCUCACUUCCGGUUCGUCUUAUGUCGAGAGGCGACCUAGCAAAAUCUAGUUUCCUCAGGCUUGAUUCUUUUACCGUGCAAUGCAUCAUUACGGUGCUCAAGGAGGAUUUACCAGCACCAGCAGCAAGGGUCCUGGCUAAAGAUGUGCGGGUGUCAUCACCUAGCUUACAGCAGCACCUUGCUGAACUCCUGCAUAGUGGGCUGGGAGCGGAUGUCACAUUUCUUGUGUCUGGCAAGACUUUCGCUGCGCACAAGCACAUUCUCGCUGCAAGGUCUCCUGUACUCAUGGCAGAGUUCUUUGGGCACAUGAAAGAGACGAGCUCUCCACGUGUUGAAAUCAAGGACAUUGAUGCUGUGGUGUUCAAGCCGUUGCUUUAUUUCAUCUAUACUGACUCUGUGGAGGAAUUUGAUCGGCUGGAAUCUGACCGGCAGUAUGAGGCGUUGGCAAUUUUGGCUCAGCAUUUGCUUGCAGCGGCUGACAAGUAUGGACUGGACAGGCUCAAGGAGAUCUGUGAAGGCAAGCUCUCUGACGGCAUCACUGUCGACACGGCAGCGACAACCCUGGCUUUAGCUGAACAGCACAAUUGCCCUCAGCUCAAGGUGAAGUGUGUUGAGUUCAUCGUUAGCACUCCUGAAAUUCUUAAUGCUGUCUUGGCAACCGAUGGAUAUAAGCAUUUGGAGGCAAGCUGUCCUACUGUGUUGCCUGAUCUUCUCAAGUCUGCACGUGGGCGGAAGAGUUGAAGGGUCUGAUUCAUUUAACUGUAUGUUUCCCACCGCAUCUGCGUUGCUGCAAUAUUCUUCAGAAGAGAUAUUCUGUGUAAACUGAAUGGAGGCACGGUAGUGGAUGGUGAGAGUUUCCUUCUGUUUCCAAGCAUGCAGGCUCCUUGUCUCCUUUGAGCUUCUCCAUGCAUGUUUUUGCGUCUCUUUUCUGAAUGAGAUCCUUCUUCCAUUCAUGCUUGUAUCUCUCUAUCAAUGUUCGGCCCCAAAUACGUACUGUCACUCCGAAACAAUUUGAUGGAAGCUUAUUUAAUUUAUGGGGCUAUCAUAUGAACAAUGCACAUUUUUGUUAGCGCAUAUUGUCUUUUAUGCUUCAGUUGAAUCCACAUUGCAUGCACAUGUUCAUGCCCAAAUAUCAUGUUUGGUACAUUUACGACAAGCCCACAUCGCUGACCCAUUUAAAUGAUUUUUGUUCUCGUAAUUAUGAAUGGAAAUACUGGC